AUGACUGACUACGUCACCGAAGACACCGACCGCUCUGUGCUGGGCGUUAAUGACAUUAUGAGCCAACUGUUUCCACAACCAUCCAGCGCUUCGUCACAUUCCGACACCAUGUACGGAACUGCCCCUACACACCACAGUCCACACUUACCUAGUAUAUCUGCUGGUGGCUCUCCGGAUUACUACGGCAGUCUGCAUCUAACACCUCUAUACGGCCAACCGACAUACUGGAAUUCACUGCAACAGAAUCCCAACCAGGCCGAUUUCUCAUAUCCCCAAUACUCUCUUCAUUCAGUUCAGUUCAACUCAAUCCAGUUCAACUCAAUCCAGUUCAACUCAAUCCAAUUAGUCCAAUUCAAUCCAAUUCAAUUCAACUCAACUCAAUUCAGCCAGUCAGACCAAUCAAAACUCGACACGCGGGUGUAA